CUCUCUCUCUCUGUGCCUCAACACUCACAGCCACCCUCUCCUCUCCCCCCUCCACACUCACAGCCAGCCACACCGCACUGGCAUGGCCUCGUCCUGCCUCGCCUCGCCGGCUGGCGCCGCGCUCUGCCGCCCGCGGCGGCUGAGGUGCCGCGUGGCGUGCUCGGCGGCCGACGCCGGCGGUAACGGUGGUGGCGGCCGCGGGGCCGAGCCGGGGUGGUUCUUGGCCGGACGCAAGAACGCGGGCCGCCUCGCGUGCGGCGUGCUGGCAGCCUGGGCCGUCUCGUCCGCGUCCAACCCGGUCAUUGCCGCGAGCCAGAGGUUGCCUCCACUUUCAACAGAGCCAAACAGAUGUGAGCGUGCAUUUGUGGGGAACACAAUUGGUCAGGCAAACGGGGUGUACGACAAGCCUCUCGACCUCCGGUUCUGUGAUUACACAAACGAGAAAACUAAUCUGAAAGGCAAGUCUCUAGCUGCGGCCUUGAUGUCCGACGCAAAGUUUGACAGCGCUGACAUGUCAGAAGUUGUCAUGUCCAAAGCUUAUGCUGUUGGUGCAAGCUUCAAAGGAACCGACUUCACGAAUGCAGUGAUAGACCGUGUCAAUUUCGAGAAGGCCGAUCUCACAGGGGCAAUCUUCAAGAACACGGUUUUGUCAGGAUCGACCUUCAACGACGCUAAGAUGGAAGACGUCGAUUUUGAGGACACAAUCAUAGGCUACAUUGACCUUCAGAAGCUAUGCACAAACACCAGUAUCAGCGCAGAGUCAAGAUUAGAGCUGGGUUGUAGGUGAUUCAACAGAGUUCAUCUAUCAUGAUUGGUCAUGUUAAUGUCAAUAUCGUUUGACAAGGGUUCGGGUCUGUCUAUAGAGCCAACAUGACAAGAUGUGUAUACUGAUUUAUAUAUAUAUUGUUCUUCACGAUGCA